UAUGGGGGGGUGUGGCUUUACACUCUGGUCAAUCAUAAAAACACACAGCUUAACUUUGCUCUUCCCCACUCACACCCGGAGUCGCAAGACAGACAGAGGAGUCUCACAAACGAGGACUAACCCUACCCAGGCAAAAUGGUGAAAGUCGGUAUCAAUGGAUUCGGCCGCAUUGGUCGUCUGGUGACCCGUGCUGCUUUCCACUCCAAGAAGGUGGAGAUUGUGGCAAUCAAUGACCCUUUCAUUGACCUGGAGUACAUGGUCUACAUGUUCAAGUAUGACUCUACCCACGGCCGCUUCCACGGUGAGGUCAAGGUUGAGGGUGACAAGCUGGUCAUCGAUGGACAUAAGAUCACAGUCUUCCACGAGAGGGACCCCACCCACAUCAAAUGGGGUGAUGCUGGUGCCCACUAUGUGGUUGAGUCCACUGGUGUGUUCACCACCAUCGAGAAGGCCUCUGCUCACUUGAAGGGCGGUGCCAAGAAAGUCAUCAUCUCUGCACCCAGCGCUGAUGCUCCCAUGUUUGUCAUGGGUGUCAACCACGAGAAGUACGACAAGUCCCUCCAGGUUGUCAGCAACGCUUCCUGCACAACCAACUGCCUGGCUCCCCUGGCCAAGGUCAUCAAUGACAAAUUCGGCAUCAUUGAGGGUCUGAUGAGCACAGUUCAUGCCAUCACUGCCACCCAGAAGACUGUGGAUGGCCCCUCCGGCAAGCUGUGGAGGGACGGCCGUGGCGCCAGCCAGAACAUCAUCCCCGCUUCAACUGGUGCUGCCAAAGCUGUCGGCAAGGUCAUCCCCGAGCUCAACGGCAAGCUGACUGGCAUGGCCUUCCGUGUCCCCACCCCCAACGUGUCAGUGGUUGACCUGACAGUCCGUCUGGAGAAACCCGCCAAAUACGACGACAUCAAGAAGGUUGUGAAGGCCGCAGCUGAGGGACCCAUGAAGGGCAUUCUGGGAUACACAGAGCACCAGGUUGUGUCCACAGACUUCAACGGUGACACUCACUCCUCCAUCUUUGAUGCUGGCGCUGGCAUUGCCCUCAACGAGCACUUUGUCAAGCUGGUCACAUGGUACGACAACGAGUUCGGCUACAGCAACCGUGUCUGCGACCUGAUGGCCCACAUGGCCUCCAAGGAGUAAACCUACCGGUCAAUCAACCGUCACUGCACUAUGCCACAUCACCCACAUCUUCCUGAAUCCAGAGUUAUAAAUUUGCAAUAAGACAUUGUAUUAUCUUAAACUCUGUCUGGUUCCAUCUGAUAGUCGACACCCCCACCCCACCCCCUUACCCCCCCUCCCACUAUAUGUCUGAGGAAAGGUUCCACAGAGAGCAAAUGAAAAGAUUUUAAUUGGUGACCAAUUACUUUUUUUAUUUGUUAAAUUCCCAGUUCUGUUCUUGUGUGAGAUGGAGUGAAGGUGUGAGAGUCUUUGUCUGUCUGUAGUACUGAGGUGCUGCAGUCAGAGGUGGAAUAAAGUCCUCUGUUUGUGAGA